AUGGCUCCAAGUUUGAGCAAAAUUUCUCCAGAAUCAUUGGGGCCAAUUGAUUGUGUAAAACCAUCAUCAAUAACUCUUGAAGGUUCCCGAUUUCUUGCCAAUGGCCAUCCAAUUCUCACUCAAGUCCCUCCCAACAUUAUUUCCAUACCAUCUCCGUCCAUUUCCAAAGACUUGACGACGAACACUGUCGGCUGCUUUGUCGGCUUCGACUCGGACGAGUCGAGAAGCCGACAUGUUCUGCCCAUUGGGAAGCUCAAGAACAUAAGAUUCAUGAGCAUAUUUAGGUUCAAAGUUUGGUGGACAACUCAUUGGGUUGGCAAUAGUGGGAAAGAUGUAGAACAAGAAACACAGUUGAUGAUUCUUGAUAAAUCUGACUAUGGGAGGCCUUAUGUUUUGCUACUUCCACUCAUUGAAGGACCCUUUAGGGCUUCACUCCAAGCUGGUGUGUACGAUGAUGACGUGGACAUUUGUGUGGAAAGUGGGUCCACAAAAGUCUGCGGCUGUAGAUAUAGGAGCUGUAUGUAUAUGCAUGUAGGUUUCGAUCCAUACAAUUUGAUCAAAGAUGCCAUGCGAGUCAUUAGGGUCCACUUGGGUACAUUUAAACUUUUGGAGGAAAAGUGCCCUCCAACUAUAGUAGACAAAUUUGGUUGGUGUACAUGGGAUGCAUUUUAUCUUAAGGUACACCCACAGGGGGUGUGGGAUGGGGUCAAGGCCCUAGCAGAGGGGGGAUGCCCUCCAGGUUUAGUCCUUAUAGAUGAUGGAUGGCAAUCAAUAUCCCAUGAUGACGACGAUCCCAAUCAAGAAGGCAUGAAUAGAACAUCAGCUGGUGAACAAAUGCCAUGUAGGCUAAUAAAAUUCCAAGAAAAUCACAAAUUUAGAGACUAUAACAGUCCCAAAAUGCCUUUCAAUAAGGGCAUGGGUGCCUUUGUUAGAGACCUUAAGGAAGAAUUCAAAACCAUAGAGUGUGUUUAUGUAUGGCAUGCAUUAUGUGGAUAUUGGGGAGGGAUUAAGCCUAAUGUCCCAUGUAUGCCUGAAUCUACGGUUAUUAGUCCUAGUUUGUCUGAGGGUUUGCAGAUGACAAUGGAAGAUCUUGCUGUAGACAAAAUUGUCAAAAAUGGAGUUGGGCUUGUCCCACCAGAUAAGGUGUACCAAAUGUUUGAAGGUUUGCACUCUCAUUUGGAAUCAGUUGGAAUUGAUGGUGUCAAGGUGGAUGUGAUACAUUUGCUGGAGAUGCUAUCAGAAGAUUUUGGGGGCCGAGUAGAGUUAGCGAAAGCUUAUUAUAAAGCCUUAACAGCUUCAGUGAGGAAACAUUUCAAUGGAAAUGGUGUUAUUGCAAGCAUGGAACACUGCAAUGACUUCAUGUUUCUUGGAACAGAAGCCAUAGCUCUUGGGCGUGUUGGGGACGAUUUCUGGUGUACUGAUCCCUCGGGCGAUCCAAAUGGGACCUUUUGGCUACAAGGUUAUCACAUGGUACAUUGUUCCUACAAUAGCUUAUGGAUGGGAAACUUCAUUCAACCAGAUUGGGACAUGUUUCAGUCUACUCAUCCAUGUGCAGAAUUUCAUGCUGCCUCAAGAGCCGUUUCUGGAGGGCCAAUUUAUAUAAGUGACUCAGUUGGAAAACAUAAUUUUCAAUUGCUUAAGAGCCUGGUUUUGCCUGAUGGAUCCGUAUUGAGAUGCCAACAUUAUGCUCUCCCUACAAGAGAUUGCCUGUUUGAAGAUCCAUUGCAGGAUGGCAAAACUGUGCUCAAAAUCUGGAACCUCAACAAGUUCACAGGAGUUCUUGGAGCAUUCAACUGUCAAGGAGGUGGGUGGUGCCCUGUGUCCAGGAGAAACAAAAGUGCAAGUGAAUUUUCAGUCAAUUUGACUUGUUUGGUAACUCCAAAAGACAUAGAAUGGGGACAUGGUAGAAGUCCAAUUUCCUUAAAAGGAUCAGAAAUAUUUGCCGUUUACAAGUACAAGGAGGGAAAACUAAGGCUCUUGAAGACAUCAGAAAACCUCGAAAUAGCACUUGAUCCGUUCGACUACGAGCUUUUCGUCGUUUCUCCAGUGAAAGUUUUGUCAAGAAAAAAAUUGGUGCAAUAUGCCCCUAUUGGAUUAGUCAACAUGCUUAAUUCCGGGGGUGCGAUUCAGUCACUUGGGUGUGAUCAUGAAGAAGGUAUAGUUCGAGCUGGUGUUAAGGGCAGUGGAGAAAUGAGGAUUUUUGCAUCUGAAAAGCCUCAAUCUUGCACCAUUAAUGGAUUAAGUGUUGAUUUUAGUUACAAUGAUCAUGUGGUUGUGGUUCAAGUUCCAUGGCCUGAUUCAUCAGAUUUAUCUGUGAUCGAGUAUGUAUUCUGA